ACAGUCAGGCGCCUCCCUCUCCAUCGGUUGGCUCGGUGGUAAAGUUGAAAGUUCAAGGGUUGCAGAUUUUCUUUAACAACGCUCGAGGAACAAGUCGUAAGGAACGAAGGAUUUCUCAAAAGGCUAUGGGAUUGCUGACUGUCUUGGAGCCAGGGGAAAGACCCCAAAUAGCAACAUGGUAUACUCUUGUACCAAGAGGGGAGAGUCCAGAUGUUCGAGUUGGUCAUACUCUCACAUUUGUACCAGAUACCUCUGAGGAAGGGAAGGUCAUUAUAGUUGGAGGAGCAAAUCCUAAUGGAAGUUUUUCUGAUGCCCAUGUAUUAGAUCUGGGCAAACUUGAGUGGGAUGUACCAGAGUGGAAGGGAUUACUUCCACGUUAUGAGCACUCCAGCUUUAUUUCAGCGAGCAAACCUGGUGACCUUUGGCUGUUUGGUGGAGCAGAUGAAUGUUCAAACAGGAACUGUGUUCAAGUUUUGAAUUUCGAAACUGGUUUGUGGAGAAGUCCAACAAUAAAUGGCACACCACCUACACCCCGGACAUGUCAUGGCUCUACUGCAGCUAUUGGAGAUUGCCUUUAUGUAUUUGGUGGUGGAGACAAAGGAGCAGAACCUGUACAAGAUACACAUCUCUAUGUGUUUGAUAAAGCCACACUUGGCUGGUCACAGCAAUCAACAGAAGGAAACCCACCAGCUCCAAGACAUGGCCAUGUGAUGAUUGCUGUAGGUAGCAAAUUGUUUAUCCAUGGAGGAUUAUCUGGAGACACAUUUUUUAAUGAUAUGCAUGUAAUUGAUACAGCUGCGGUUAACAUGAGAUGGAAGAAAAUAAAAAUGAAGGGUGAUAUCCCAAAAGGUUGUGCAGCUCAUUCUGCAAUUUAUCAUGGAAAGUACAUCUUCAUCUUUGGUGGUAUGGAUGUCACAGGAGCUUUGAAUACCAUGUAUAAAUAUCAUAUUGAAACGAACUGCUGGACACUCUUGGAAUUUGGUUCCUCGCUACCAGCAGGACGGCUGGAUCACGCUAUGUGUGUGAUACCCUGGAAAAUAAGGAAAGCAAAUGAAGCCUCCACUCCUGAAAAAAAUAGUGACGAACAAUCACCUAACGGGAACACAUGUGAGGAAUCUAGCCAGCAAAGCAAGGCUGAUGGAAAUCUUGUACCAAGGAAUUGUUCAGUAGUUCAAAAUCAAACUGUGAACAUUGUGCAUCUAUGUUUGGUUUUUGGUGGAAUGGACACUCAAGGAGAAAUUUAUAAUGACUGUUUUGUCACACUAGUUGAUGGUUAUUAACUGUACUUAUUCCCUUGGUAUAGUUACCACUUGUUUACAAAACUUGUUCCACAUGAACAUACUUAGAAAUCAUGUUAUAACAGAAGGUGUGGAUGCUGUAAGUGCUUAGGACUGGCAGCAUGUGGUAAAUACCACCUUCUCCAGCAAAGCCAGGAGUUUCCAGUCUCUUAAACUCCAAUUCACCUUUACUUAAACCUGAAAUAUUUAUACUGUGUAAUGUUGUUCACUUCUCUGAACUUUUCCUUAACUACUUACUGAGAGAUGUUGAAAUUAUUUUCAGCCCUACUGAAACUGGGAUAAUGUGAACAGGACAAGCGUACAAAAUAUAUCCUGCAUAGUUAAAUUCUAAUUUAAUUGACAUGAUUCAAAGUGUAUGAAGUAAUGUAGUUAAAGUGGAGGGAGUGUUGUUAGAGGUUAUAAAAAUUUUAGAUUGGAUAUGAUUAGAGAAUCAGCAAUAAGGCAGCUCUUUCCUCAGUGACCAAGGUCAACAUCUGAUUUCAAUGACACCCUGAACCAUACCUGUAAUUUUCAUCCACUGUGCAUUCUAUUUAAAGUGUGAUUAAAUUUGUCACAAGAUUAGAAUUUGUUUAAUUCAUGCAGAAGGGCUAGUAUGAAGUGCUGUCUAAAUGUGGAAUUCCAAAGACAUUGUGUAGGUAUAAAAUUAGUCUUCACAGGGGUAGUACAGGUAUUUUAUUGAAAUUUCAAUGUUUGUUUCUUACAGAAUUGUACAUCUUUAAAAAAAUAAAGUUGAAAUCAAUUGAA